GGAGGGACUGAGCACCUAUCCCUGAAGCUCCUUGAUUCUUGCUGCUUGGCUGUAUAUUUCUGUCCUGGCGGAUAUGAGUUCAUCGCUGGCUGGGAGCUGAGACAGAACAAAAAUGCUAUACAAGGAAAGGACAUCUGGAGUGACCCCAAACAUCAUGCUGCAGCAGAUCCUGCAUGACAUGUACAUCGACCCAGAGCUUCUGGCUGAGCUCAGUGAUGUGCAGAAGCACAUCCUCUUCUACAAGAUGCGAGAGGAGCAGCUUCGGCGUUGGAGGGAGCGGGAGGCAUGGGACACCCUGGCUCAGGCAGAAGGCCUCAGGCCCUCGAAGGUCAAGCGAGCGAGCAACAAACAUAUCCAGUGGCUGCUGGGAGAAGAUGGCGAGGUCUGGGUGUGGGUCAUGGGUGAAGGCCCCGGAGACAAGCCCUACGAAGAGAUCUCUGAGGAGCUGAUUGCAGAGAGAGCACGGCUGCAAGCACAGAGAGAGGCUGAGGAGCUCUGGAGACAAAAGGAAGCAGAGAUCACCAAGAAGUUCCGGGAUGCCUUAGCCAAUGAGAAAGCUCGGAUCUUGGCAGAGAAGUGGAAAGUGGAGAUGGAGGACCGCAAGGCUGCCAAAAUCCUAGAGGAACGCAUCCAUGAGGAAUUCAAGAGGAAAGAGGAAGAAGAGAGGAGGCGAGGAGAAGAACAGAUUCGCCUCCAAGAGGAGCAGAGAGCAAAGGAACUCUAUUGGACCCUGAAGCAGGCCCAGCUGCACUGUCAAGCCAGUGAGAAAGAGGAGCGUGAGUGGGAAGAACAGCUACGCAGAUCCAAGGCAGCUGAUGAGGAGAGGAGCCGUCGUGCUCAGCGAGCCCGAGAUGAGUACCGGCGCCACUCACUCCGAGCCAUCCAGAAGGGCACUGUUGCCGGCUUAAGCACCAUGUUCCAAGAACUUGGCCAGAACCAUGAGCAGGAGACAAGACUCUAUCACCAGCUUCCUGGCAGCAGUCCACCAUCACCCCUCACAGGACCUGACAGGACCUGGGAGCGUCCUUUGCGUCCACUCUCCAGAGAAGUCAUUGUGCGCUGGUUCAAGGAGGAACAGCUACCUCGCCGAGCUGGCUUUGAGAGGAACACCAAGUCCAUUGCCCCCUGGUUUCAUGGAAUUAUUAGUCGAGAGAGUGCAGAAGACCUUCUGGAGAAUAUGACAGAGGGAGCAUUUCUGGUCCGGGUCAGUGAGAAGAUUUGGGGUUACACCCUGUCCUACCGCCUGCAGAAAGGAUUCAAGCACUUUCUUGUGGAUGCUUCUGGGGACUUCUACAGCUUUCUGGGAGUGGACCCUAAUCGCCAUGCCACCCUCACAGACCUCAUUGAUUUCCACAAGGAGGAAAUCAUCACGGUUUCAGGUGGAGAGUUGCUGCAGGAACCCUGUGGACAGAGGGAUAGCCCACCAGACUAUCACCUGUUGUUUGAAUGA